AUGGUGAACAAGUGUGCUGCCUAUAGUUGCAAAAGUGGAUACAAAUCAAAUGCUGCGAUAGAUGCUGAAAACAAAGUGUCUUUUCAUUCCUACCCAGUCAAUGAUCCUGAACUUUGUGCAAAGUGGAAUAAGGCAAAUCCACGAAGGGAUUUUAUUCCAAGCAGACAUUCAAAGAUGUGCUCUUUGCAUUUUCGACCUUCGGAUUUU